AAAGAAAAAAACUGGACAGCAGCUCCCUCCGAAAUUAGUCUUUAGUUUUAGCCCUUAGCCCACUCCCAAACACGACCUUACUGCAUCGCUUCUUCCGAGAGUGAGAGAGAUCUUACAGAGAGAGAGAGAGAGAGUUUACCUUUUGGCGCCCUUUCGUCGAAGCAAUAGGGCAGAAGAGAAGACCACACCAGGAUUCCCCAACCUUUCCUUUUCCCCACACCCGCCUUCGAUUCUUCACACCCACCAAAAAAAGAAAAAAGAAAAAAAAACCUCCCUUCACUCUCUCUCUAAAAACCUCUUCGUAUACACCCACUCUUUAAUAAAUCGUCACUCUUUGACUUUCCCACCCCUCUCUCUCUCUCCUCAAUGGCUUCCGAGCAACAGUUAUCCGCAAUCAAGGGCGCAAAAGUGCUCAUGGUUGGUGCUGGUGGUAUUGGCUGCGAGCUUCUCAAAACUCUAGCCCUCUCUGGCUUUCAGGACAUCCACAUCAUUGACAUGGACACGAUAGAAGUGAGUAACUUAAACAGACAAUUCUUGUUCCGAAAAUCUCAUGUUGGGCUAUCUAAGGCUAAAGUUGCUCGGGAUGCUGUGUUAAGAUUUAGGCCUCACAUAAGCAUUACCCCAUACCAUGCAAAUGUUAAAGAUUCAGAAUUCAAUGUUGACUUUUUUAAGCAAUUCAACGUUGUUUUGAAUGGACUCGACAACUUAGAUGCAAGGCGACAUGUAAACCGCCUCUGCUUGGCAGGUGGCGUUCCAUUGAUUGAGAGCGGGACUACCGGGUUUCUUGGGCAGGUCACUGUACAUAUCAAAGGCAAAACAGAAUGCUAUGAAUGCCAGCCUAAACCUGCUCCCAAAAGUUAUCCCGUGUGUACCAUCACAAGUACUCCAUCAAAGUUUGUUCACUGUAUUGUAUGGGCAAAGGAUCUACUUUUUGCGAAGCUCUUUGGGGACAAAAACCAGGACAAUGAUCUCAAUGUGCGUUCCAGUGAUGCUACUAGCUCAUCAGAGCAUGCAGAAGAUGUUUUUGAACGUAAAAAGGAUGAAGACAUUGAGCAGUACGGGAGGAAAAUAUAUGAUCAUGUUUUCGGUUACAACAUUGGAGUAGCUUUAUCUAAUGAAGAGACAUGGAAAAACCGUGCCAGGCCUAAGCCUUUAUACAUUAGAGAUGUCCUGCCUAUUGAACUUAUUCAACAGAACGGGAACGCGGAUAAAUCUUUUGUGGCUGAUGAUUCAUCAUCUGUGUCUGCUAUGGCAUCUCUAGGGCUGAAGAAUCCGCAAGAUAUAUGGAACCUGAGGGAAAAUUCAAGAGUAUUCUUUGAGGCGCUAAGAUUGUUUUUUGUGAAAAGAGAGAAGGAAAUUGGUAACUUGAGUUUCGAUAAAGAUGAUCAGUUGGCUGUAGAAUUUGUUACAGCUGCUGCAAACAUCCGGGCUGCUUCCUUUGGUAUUCCUUUGCAUAGCCUUUUCGAAGCUAAAGGUAUUGCUGGAAAUAUUGUUCAUGCUGUUGCAACAACAAAUGCUAUCAUUGCUGGAUUGAUUGUGAUCGAGGCAAUUAAGGUGCUGCAGAAUGAUGCAAACAAUUACAGGAUGACGUAUUGCCUUGAACAUCCCUCAAGGAAGAUGCUUCUUAUGCCAGUUGAGCCGUUUGAGCCAAACAAAUCCUGCUAUGUUUGUUCUGAGACACCCCUGUUGCUUGAGGUUAACACUUCUCGUUCAAAGUUGAGGGAUUUUGUUGAAAAGAUUGUCGAAGCGAUGCUUGGCAUGAGUUCUCCUUUGAUUAUGCAUGGGUCAGCCCUUCUUUAUGAGGUUGGUGAUGAUCUUGAAGAAGAUAUGGUAGCCAACUAUCAAGCAAACCUAGAAAAGGUUCUGUCUGAGUUGCCUUCUCCAGUCUCUGGUGGGACCAUUCUCACAGUUGAGGACCUUCAGCAAGAGCUGUCCUGCAAUAUCAAUAUUAAGCACAGAGAGGACUUCGAUGAGGAGAAAGAACCUGAUGGGAUGGUUCUCUCUGGAUGGACAAAAGAAAAGGAUAAGACCACUUCUACUGAAAAUGGUGCGAGCACAUCAAAUGCAUCUGAGGCAGUUUCUCUGGAGACCAAAGAAGAUAGUGAUAUAGAAAUUGUUCCGACCGGAAUUGAGAGCGCUACUACUGGGAAGAAACGAAAGUUGCCUGAAAUGUCUGAUGCUACCCUUCCUGAUUCUUCUAAAAACGAACUGCACGAAAUUGAUGACGAUGACGAUGGCGAUGAUCUGUUCAUGCUUGAUGAUGGCAAUUCAGAUGGCAGCAAGAAGAAGAGGUUGCAAUAGUGUUGCUGGUUCUAACUUUGAUAUGGGCUUAUCACAUUUUCAUUUUGUACCAUUGUUAGAGGGGAAUGGUGAUUCUUUUUGCAACUUCAGGGGAUCUUCAUGGUUAGGUCUAAACCUUUUCGCUUGAGUAGAUACAUGUAAUUUUUUGCCCCCUUUUAACUUUUGUAAUUCAAACUGUAGGUACAAUUUGUAUCUGUCCUAACUUAACAGAUUUGUUGAGGCUGAAACUUGUAAUUAUCAGCUUUAGAUUUUGGGAAACGAGGAUAGCCGAUUAAUGACAGGUUUAUGUCUCUGCUUCUAAUUA